AUGAAGGGGAAAGAAAGGAUGGGAGAGGGGAUGGCGAUGGAGAGAGAAAUGGGGGGAAAGGGUUGGGGGAGAGGAGGAAAUGGGGAGAAAGGGUGGGAGGUGAAGGGAAGAGAAAGAUGGGAGAAGGAAAGAAGAGGAGUGGAGGGAAGGGGAAGAGUGGAGAGAAGGGGAAAGAGAGGGUGGGGGAGUGGAGAGAAGGGAAAAGAAAAGGUGGGAGAGUGGAGGGAAGGAGAAAGAGAGGGUGGGAGAGUGGAGGAGAGGGGAAAGAGAGGGUGGGAGAGUGGAGAAAGGGGGGGAGAAAGGGUGGGAGAGUGGAGGGAAGGAGAAAGAGAGGGCGGGAGAGUAGAGAACAGGGGGUGA